CUUGACACUUCGUUUCUCAGGAGAGUCUCCAAUGAGAAGGUACCCCUCACUCCCCUCCCCACCCACCACACUGCAGAAACAGUUGGUGGUGUGCCCGAUGCCAACUGGCAGAACUCUGCCAUGCAACAGAGCGUUUAUGACGCUGCUCUUCCCGUUGGAGGUGCGGCCGAAGAAGGCCACCUUCAUUCUGUCUCUGCUCAGAACUUUCUGAAUCUCCUGGGUCCGCUGCACGAGACUGGACACGCCCCCUCCGUCCGAGCCCAGCUGGGCGGCUUGCAGGAAUGACUGACUCUCGGCCAGCCGCUCGCUGAGGUGCUGGAACGCUCGUCUGAUGGCAUCCUUCGCCUGAGCGAACCUCUUCAACGGCGACGAGGGAUCACGUGCCUCUCUGGCUCCGUUCCCGGAGGCGGGCUGGCUGCUAAUGGUCAGAGACCGGUUGAGCUUUGCCCUGUGCCCCUUCCCCUCGUCCUGACUCAGCCUCCUCUCCUGCCUCCCGCCGUACCCGGCUCCUGGAGACUCCACAGAGGCCUGCUUGUCCAGCCAGCGACUCAUGCUGUGAGGUCAAGAGUUCAGCCACGCCCACAUGUAUCAGCUCCGCCCCCGUGAAAGUAAUAGAGAAUUAGAAUGGAAGAUGAGCAAAGGCGAGCUCUGGUGGCUGCAGCUGUCGGAGCAAGAGAGAAAGCAUAUGCAAAAUACAGCGAUUUCCCCGUUGGCGCCGCUCUCCUCUGUCGGGACGGUAGCAUUGUCACAGGCUGUAACGUGGAGAAUGCAGUGUACCCUCUGGGUCUGUGUGCGGAGAGAACGGCGGUCGUCAAGGCUGUGAGCGAAGGCCACAGAGAAUUCACUGCCGUUGCUGUCGUGACGAAAUCUCCGUCGUGUGCAUCUCCGUGUGGAUCCUGUCGCCAGGUGUUGAGUGAGUUCAGCAGUGACGGUUCUCUGGAGGUGGUGAUGGCUCGCUCUGAUGGCCAGCACUACAAGGUGAUGACUCUUUCACAACUGCUACCCUGUUCCUUCAGCAAUGAAGAAUUGGAAAAGGCGAAAACCUAACUACUUCAGUUAUGGACUUUUUUUAGCUCAUUAUUCAUAAAUAGUUUAUUAGUAGAGGUAGAAGUUGAAUAUUGUUGAAAAGUGCAGAGACCUGCAGUGCUAACCAUAUUCAGAGAGCCAAUAAGUAUGUGGUCAAGAAGAGCCGUGGGCAAUACAGUCUAGUGCAUUCUGAGACUUAAUAACUCUGUCAAUGGCUGCAAUGUCCCUUGAUCUUUGCUCUACCACAUCCGCAGGUGUCCAUGAUCGAUCAUGUUCAAGUCGAUACGACCCCAGGAAUUGGUGGGCGGGGCCAGUUUUUCCCCACUCCUGCACACAACAUAAUGUGUACAAAUAGAACCCUUCACUUGUAGGUGGAGUAGAACAUAUUUUACUGCUACCGCAAGAUGCUUGCAGACCUAAAACAGUACCACAACAAAACCUACCUUGGAACCAAGCAUGGAGAAGUAUGCAGUUCCGUCCUCCCUCUCGUACAGGUGAUAGGUGUGGCCCGGAACCUUCUGGAAGUUACAGGCAGCGUGGUGCAACUGAGCAUCUCUCCUCCCGUCCUCCAGGAUACAGCGAGCCUGUCACCACCGAAACCUCACCACACAGCUCGUCUGAGAACAGCACACACCUACCUGCUCCUGCAGGAAUCGAAUCUGAUCCACUAUCACCUGCAGCUUCCCUCCUGUUGUGGCUCGGACAAACUGGUCCGCCGUCUGUACCUGGGGUGGAGCCAACUACCAUGGCAACAGUGUUCUCGGUAAAACAUUGUACUUGUGCAGCGAGAGAGACGAGGUCGAGGGGGUUAUGGUGUCUUCUGACAGCUCGAGGAUUCACCAGCUGUCUCUCCACAUCAGGGGAGGGAGGAACCGUCGUUACAUUUCCUAGUGUCAUAAGAGUGGCUCUGAAUAUGAGACGGACAAGAACCGAAAUUUUACCUUCCACUAGAACCGUUCCAGCGUCGCUCGUGACUGGAACUAGCGUGUUCACUGCUGUGCUAGCAGUGCUGCUGUCGGUCAUCUUUUCCCCCCUUUGUUCAAAAUUUCUUUCGCAUAAUUAGCGUGGGUUUUCGGGUCUCUCUCAUUUCUGCUCCCCAAACAGAUAGAUUUGUCCAGUGUGUUGUGUGUGGUGACGUCCGCACGCUGUGGACUGCGACCGCCGUGUGUUUAACCGAACAAAGAGCCGGCGCGUCACUUCCAACUAGCGAGAGAUGGCCACAAAACGAUGGUUCCACGCUCACAUCUCGGGCCAGGACGCGGAGGAGAUGCUGAUGACGAAGGGCAAAGAAGGCAGCUUCCUCUGCAGACCUAGUCAGACUUCUCCUGGGGACUUCACCCUGUCUGUGAGGAGAGUCGAUGAUGUGACUCAUAUAAAGAUCCAGAGCACGGGAGAUUACUAUGAUCUAUAUGGAGGAGAGAAGUUUGCAACGCUGGCAGAGCUGGUGAUGUUCUACACGGAGAACCCUGGGACCCUAAAGGAGAAGAAUGGCGAUGUCAUUGAGCUAAAGGCACCACUCAAUUCAGAGGAAGUCACAAAUGAGAGGUGGUACCAUAGCAACCUAACAGGAAGGGAGGCAGAGACACUGCUGCUGGGGAAAGGACAGGACAGCAGUUUCCUUGUUCGGACGUCGGUCCACAACCCUGGGUUCUACGUUCUGUCUGCCCGAGCCGAGGACAAAGUCAGUCAUGUGAUGAUAAGAAACAGAGACAACCAGUUUGAUGUUGGAGGAGGCACCGUGUUUGGGUCUCUGGCAGAGCUGGUUGAGCACUACAAGAAGAACCCAAUGGUAGAGACGUCAGGCACUGUCAUCAGUUUGAAACACCCGUACAAUGCCACCUCUUUCCUCCCGGCCAACAUCUGCCAGAGGGUUCAAGAGCUCCAGAAACAGAACCAGGAGGUGUACGGGAAGGCUGGUUUCUGGGAGGAGUUUGAGCAACUGCAGCAGCAAGAGUGUAAACACCUGUACAGCAGGAAGGAGGGAGCACGACCUGAAAACAAGACAAAGAACAGAUACAAAAACAUCCUCCCAUUCGACCACACCCGGGUGAUGCUGCGAGAUGUGGAUCAAGAGGUGGUUGGUGCAGAUUACGUCAAUGCCAACUACAUCAGUGGGGAAGUCCCUGGAUCAGAGAAAUGUUACAUCGCAACUCAGGGCUGUCUCCCGGGAACUGUUGCUGAUUUCUGGAAGAUGAUGUGGCAAGAGAAUAGCCGAAUCAUCGUUAUGACAACAAAUGAAGUGGAGAGGGGGAGGAACAAGUGUACCCGGUAUUGGCCUGACCUGGACGAGACUAAGGUGUAUGGUGGAGUGUUCCACAUGGCCAACCUCAAGGAGACUGCAAACCCUCACUACAUCCUCCGAGAAUUUCUUCUCCACUGCUCUGAUGAUGAGGAGGGAGAGGGGAGACACAUCUUCCAGUUUCACUUCAAAGCCUGGCCUGAUCACGGAGUGCCUCACGAGCCAGGCGUUGUCCUUGGCUUCCUGCAGGAUGUAAGUCUGAAACAGACAACGGAGGAAGAGGCAAAAAAUUGUGGACCAAUUGUAGUCCACUGCUCCGCAGGCAUUGGGCGAACUGGCACCUUCAUUGUCAUCGACAUCCUCAUCUCCCUGAUCAACUUCCAGGGCUGGGACAAUGAGAUAGACAUUCAGAAGACAAUUCAGCUGGUCCGAGCCCAGCGUUCCGGAAUGGUUCAGACUGAGCAACAGUAUAAGUUUAUAUACGCAGCCAUCAAUGCAUUUGUGGAGUCCUCAAAGGCACUCAUGCAAAUCGCCGAGAAGGGGGAUAACUACGGGAACCUCAAGUUCCCACACAAGGGAGAGAAAUCGGAACCAGUGUAUGGAAACAUGGGAACUGGGGAACCAACUUGUGACAGAGGGAGUGAGGCUAGCAAGCCACCUCCUCCCCUUAUGCCAAAACCCUAGCACUGGCUAGGCUCUGCUAGGAAUCGAUCCCGCUGCCUCUGUUCUCCUCACAGAGAAUGUUGGUGUUUUCAAUAUUAUUGUUUUUCGUUUGUUUGGACUGCUAUUCAUACACAAUUUUGUCGUCUUUGUAUAAUACAGUGAAAGUAAAUUUUUAGACCAGAGUUA